AUGGUACUGCGACAGUGUAUUGAAAAACUGAGACGAAAUCAACGGUCUGCAGUCCAUGAGACGGUUCCAUAUCGCGAUGCCAAAUUGACUAUGUUAUUCAAAAAUUUCUUCGAAGGCGCUGGAAAAAUCCGUAUGAUUAUCUGUGCCAACCCAAAACCGUCUGACUUUGAAGAAAAUCUGAAUGUCUUAGCCUUUGCUGAAGAAUCGCAAGCUGUUCGAGUUGCGCGUGCAGACGAUCGCUUAGAAAUCGGUGAUGGUCCUCGACCACCAGUGCCUCGUCGAUUCUUUUCUCGCUGGAAUAUUGAAGUCGAUAAUAUUGUCAGUCCAUCGUCGUUAUUACCAUCACACAACAGGCUUUUCACGGAGUUCUUCAUAAGGGAUUAUAACGACUCCCUAUCCAUUUCGAAUCUGAAGGAACGUUGCCUUGCUUUAUCACAGCUAACUUCCUCCGAAAAUCAUGACAUGGGAGUUGAACGUGAGUUUGCAAAGGUUUCCCCAAUUAAGUUCCCCUCCGCCGUAUGCAGUCUCUAUGCUGGACCAAGCUAA